GGCUUCCUGAGACCCAAAAACCCCUGCAGUAGGAAGUAGGAAAUAAUCGCUCGUCAUUUCUGUACUUUGAUUUCGAUCCGAUCCCAUGAACGGAGCCCUGUUGAGAACUGAAAUCUCAUAAAGAAAUCCAACGACGUUCUGUUCGAACUUUCUCAAUUCUGAGCUCUUCUUUCGUGAUUUAGCCAUGGCCGCCCCGUUUUUCUCUACGCCUUUCCAGCCGUAUGUCUAUCAGAGUCCACAAGAUACCGUGACACCCUUUCAGAUUUUGGGUGGUGAAGCUCAGGUGGUUCAGAUAAUGUUGAAGCCACAAGAAAAGGUUAUUGCAAAGCCUGGUUCCAUGUGCUUCAUGUCUGGGUACAUUGAAGUGGAAAAUGUUUUUAUCCCUGAAAAUGAAGUAGGUAUGUGGCAAUGGCUUUUCGGGAAGAGUGUGAGUAGCAUAGUUUUUUGCAAUCCUGGUUUAAGCGAUGGUUAUGUUGGAAUUGCUGCACCUUCUCUUUCAAGAAUUAUUCCGAUUGAUUUGGCAAUGUUUGGUGGAGAGAUUUUAUGUCAGCCAGAUGCAUUCCUUUGCUCCAUCAAUGAUGUGAAGGUCAAUAAUACGGUUUAUCAGAGGGCACAUAACCUCAUCACUGGGGCAGAGGGUUUUCUGAGACAGAAGCUAUCGGGCCAAGGGUUAGCAUUCAUACUUGCUGGUGGAUCUGUUGUACAGAAAAAUCUUGAAGUGGGUGAGGUAUUAGCUGUUGAUGUAUCUUGCAUUAUUGCCCUGACAACAUCAGUCAAUGUUCAAAUCAAGUACAAUGGUCCUAUGAGAAGAGCUGUUUUUGGGGGUGACAAUUUGGUAACAGCUGUUCUAACAGGACCAGGCAUUGUCUUCAUCCAGAGUUUACCCUUUCACCGACUCUCUCAGCGCAUUGCUAGGGCUGUUACAUCCCCUAACAUGAGGGAAAAUCCAAAGUUCUUCAUUCAGAUUGCCAUUUUCUUUUUUCUGGCUUAUGUUGUGAUUGUAUCUUCAUUAAUCUUGACCGAUGUGUGACUUAUAGUGUCUUUUUCUUUUUUCUUCCCUCUAAAUUUCAUUCCAAGAAAAAAGAAAAAAGAAAACCCUGCGAGGAGUGCAUUUGGAUAGAAUGAUUUGGAUUUAAUUUUGGAUUUCAAGUCUAUUGAUUUUAGAAUUCCUUGUUCAGAUG